AUGUGGCAUACUUCCGAGCCAGAAGACGACGAUGCUUUACACGCGCCUGAGGAUUAUGGCCAUAAGGGCCGAUCAGCGAGGGCAACUCAACCAUUUGUCCUCUGUUCUCUGCGAGGCUGGCUAAACGUCGGCACGCUGGGACUGUUACUAGCUGCAUUACUGGGGCUGUUUAUCGGCUAUCCAAUCGUCUUACAUAUCGUUGAUAAGCCAACAAAGACACCGGGAUUCAACCUCGGGGGAAUCAACGCAACGGGCCAAGUUCCGGACCUACCCAUAAAGCGAUUGAUAGACCCCAUGACUCCACAGGACGCCAUGUCACGUACUGGUUCAGAUGGGGAGGCGUACAACCUUGUUUUCAGCGACGAGUUUGAGACCGACGAUCGUACGUUCUACCCAGGUGAUGACCCAUAUUGGGAGGCACAAGACCUUCAUUACUGGCCGACGGGAGACAUGGAAUGGUAUGAUCCGUCUACUAUUACGACAAAGAACGGUAAACUUGUCAUUACGCUUGACCAGAAAGACCCUAUCAACAAUCACAAUUUAAGUUACACGAGUGGGAUGCUGACCACUUGGAAUAAAUUUUGUUUCACGACGGGUUACAUCGAGGCGCGCGUCUCGCUUCCCGGAAGCUCCGAUGUUCCAGGCCUUUGGCCAGGAAUCUGGACGAUGGGUAAUUUAGGCCGUGCGGGAUAUGGUGCUACCACGGAAGGGAUGUGGCCGUACAGUUAUGACUCGUGCGAUCUCGGUACAUUCCCUCGGCAGAUGGACAAGUCGGGUAACCCUGCGACGAGUGCAACCGACGGAUGGCAGGGCUCUUUCCUUUCUGACCAGCCAGGUCAAAGGCUUUCAGCAUGUACUUGCCCAGGUUCCGACCAUCCCGGACCGAAAACGUCAAAUGGACGUGCCGCACCAGAGCUGGAUGUUAUCGAGGCGCAGAUUGAUCUAGGUACCUUAACGGGAGAAGUCAGCCAGUCCUACCAGAUUGCACCCUUCAAUGCUUUCGUCAAGUUUGUUAACUCAUCCCCCGAGACCACUAUAUACGACCCGUCGAUCACUAAGUUCAACUCGUUCACCGGUACCGCUUUGCAGCAAGCUAUUAGUGGAGUGACGAAAGUUAGUUCCGAUGUGUACAACGACAAGGCAUACACGACGUAUGCGUUUGAGUACUGGAGCGAUAUGAAGAAUCGUGAUGAGGGAUACGUAUUGUGGUAUAGCUCGGGCCAGCCGUCUUGGAAGAUUACGUCCGCGUCUAUCGGGCCUGAUCCCGUUAGUCAAGUCGACCAACGACUGAUUCCUGAGGAACCGAUGUACAUCAUCCUGAAUCUUGGUCUUUCGACAUCAUUUACCACAGUUGACUUGGACAAACUUGUCUUCCCGUCAAAGAUGUACAUUGACUAUGUGCGGGUGUACCAGCGGGAGGGUGUCUCGGAGGGCGUGACGUGUGACCCCUCGCAUCACCCAACUGCAGACUACAUCAAGAAUCACCCUGAUGCAUAUACAAAUUGGAAUUGGACAACGUGGGACCAAGCAGGCUACCAGCUUCCCCGAAAUUCAAAGUACGACGGCUGCUAA